AUGUUCAACUUCACUCGCAGCCGUGCUGCGGCUUCUCUCCUGCGAUCGUCCAAGACAGCCUUCUCUCCCGCCGCUGGAUAUCCCAGAAUCGCUCGACAACAGCAGAGAAACCUGAGCAUCCACGAAUAUCUCUCAGCCGACCUUCUUCGACAGUAUGGCAUCGGUGCCCCGAAGGGCUUCAAUGCAAAGACCGCCGCUGAGGCCGAGAGGGUUGCGAAGGAUAUCGGCGGCGAAGAUAUGGUCAUCAAGGCCCAGGUGUUGGCUGGCGGACGAGGGAAAGGCAGCUUUGAUAAUGGGCUGAAAGGGGGCGUGCGGGUGAUCUACUCGCCCACCGAGGCCAAAAUGUUCGCUGAGCAGAUGAUCGGCCACAAGCUCAUUACCAAGCAGACUGGUGCGGCCGGCCGCCUUUGCAACUCUGUCUACAUCUGCGAGCGCAAGUUCGCCCGUCGAGAGUUCUACCUAGCCAUUCUAAUGGACCGAGCCUCUCAAGGCCCUGUCAUUGUCUCCUCCUCUCAGGGCGGUAUGGAUAUCGAAACCGUCGCCAAGGAGAACCCUAGCGCCAUCAACACUGCCUACAUCGACAUCAAGACCGGCGUGACCGACCAGAUUGCUCGAGAUAUUGCAACGAAACUUGGCUUCAGCGAGCAGUGCAUCGAGGAUGCCAAAGACACGAUCCAGAAGCUGUACAAGAUCUUUGUCGAGAAGGACGCUACCCAGAUCGAGAUCAACCCUCUAUCCGAGACUUCGGACCACCAGGUUCUAUGUAUGGAUGCCAAAUUUGGGUUCGAUGAUAACGCCGACUACCGACAGAAGGAAAUUUUCUCGUGGCGUGACACCACCCAGGAAGACCCGGAGGAGGUUCGUGCUGCCGAAUCCGGCCUUAACUUUAUCAAGCUAGAUGGUGAUAUUGGCUGCCUUGUCAACGGCGCCGGUCUGGCCAUGGCUACUAUGGAUAUCAUCAAGCUGAACGGCGGCCAGCCCGCCAACUUUCUUGACGUUGGUGGGGGCGCUACUCCCGCAGCUAUCAAGGAGGCGUUCGAGCUCAUCACCAGCGAUCCUAAGGUGACGGCGAUCUUCGUCAACAUCUUUGGGGGCAUUGUGCGAUGUGAUGCGAUCGCCCACGGUCUCGUCAACACCGUCAAGGCCCUGAAUCUCAAGAUCCCCAUAAUUGCUAGAUUACAAGGGACCAAUAUGGAGCAAGCUCACCAGCUCAUCAACGACUCUGGGAUGAAGAUCUUCUCCAUCGAUGAUCUCCAGAGCGCUGCGGAGAAAUCGGUACAGCUCUCCAAGGUCGUAAAGAUGGCUCGGGAUAUCGACGUCGGUGUUGAGUUUAGCUUGGGUAUCUAGGGACUAUAGACGCCGAUCUCGUAAACUGUACUAAUCUUUGCAGGGAUGGAACCUCAGGGCGUGCCACAAUGCGGUGUUGCAAAUUAGAGCAGAGGCGGGUUUGUCACUAUUGCAUGCAUUUGAUACCGCAGUAUUCAUCGUGUCCGUGUAUUCAAUCGGAUUGCGUUUCCUGAUUUGACGUGGCUGCUCUUUUGUUCUGUCUGUGACCAUUUGGGUUCCCUAUGAUCUUGCUAACUCUUAUCUGUCUAGCCGAGCCGCUUCACGACUAACUCGGCUGCCAGACCGGGCGGCGGGUAUCAUGUCCUCCUCACGCUGCCGCCUACCUCAUAUGAGAAACCCCUUCCUGACCCCAACUCC